AUGGGUGACAUCAUGGAGAGAAUGGCUGCGGAGUACGGCACAGGUGUGAGUGUGCUGAAUGUGGAAAACAUUAACUCUGCGAAAAUGGACAAUGUAUUCCACAUGCGGUCGGCAGGCGCCGCUGCCGAAGGAGUCCAGGACCAGUAUGCCGAUGGCAGGGCAGCACGCGUCUGGGAGGCAUUCAUUGGAGACAAGAACUCCCGCACGCAGAAUUACCGCAACUUCCUGGUCAGGCUCUUGAGGAAGAAUGGCUGCCAAAGAAUUCUGGAUGUUGCCUGUGGCACCGGGAAGGCUCUGGAAAAUUUCAAGAAAUGUGUAAAACGUGGAGGAUUGCUUCUCAUUGAUCAUCGGAACUAUGACGACAUUCUGGAGACUGGGAAAACACUGAAGCAUUGUCUGUACUACAAUAGUAAGGGGACAACAGAAAUUGUAACUUCCAUGCUGUACGUGGAAGCGAAGCCAACUGUUGUUACUUUGGACUACCUGCUUGACAUGUCUGACAAAAAAGAGAAGAAUGUGCAAAACGGAGUAACUCCCGAUGACACAAUUGCUAGGUUCCGUCUCUCGUACUACCUGCACAGAUUGGAGGUAUUUAAGAGGAUGCUGCAAGAUGUCUUUGGCACAAAGUCUGAACACACACUGUAUGGUGACUUCAAACAGCUUCACGAGAUUGACAACCCUGCGUUUUAUAUUCAUGUCGUACAGAAAGCCUUCAUCUGA